AUGAUUGACCCCUCUGCGCCGUUUGUGCUGGACUGGCGCAAUGCGCUGGGUCUAGCCCUCUCAGUGCUGGUCGCUUUCAUCUCUGGCCCAGGCGGCCAGGGCGGCGGCUCCUUCUACAUCCCCCUUUUCAGCGUCCUCCUCGGCUUCUCAGUCAACCAGGCGUCCGCCCUCAGCGCCGCCGUUGUGUUUUUCGGCUGCGUCACGAUGGUUGCCCAGGCCGUCGCCUCGCCGCACCCGCGGCUGCCGGCGGCCCCCCAGGUCGACUACGCCUCGGCGCUGCUCAUGACCCCGAGCCUCAUGCUCGGCCUGGCACUCGGCGUGCUGUUCAACGCCGUUGUGAGCCAGUGGCUGCUGAACCUGUUGUCGCCGGAGGAGCGUGCCGCCGAGGCCGAGGCGGCCGCCGCCGCAGCGGCGCCGGGCGUUGCGGCUCGCCUCAGCGGGGCGGCCAGCCGCGCUAUCAGUGGCGUGCGGUCGUGGGCGGCGGUGCAGCCCUGGGGCGCGAUCGCGGGCAUCGCGGCGCUGUUUGCGUUCUUCAUUGCAUGCCAGGUGCUGCGAGGCUCUGUCGCGCCCCACUGCUCGCCCUCCUCCUGGGCGAUUUUUGGCACACUCUGCGGCGUCAGCGCCGUCGCCACCGUCGGCGUGUCAUUCUGGGCGGCUGCGGCGGAGCGGCGGCGGGCGGCGGCCGAGUCGGCAUCGGCUGCGGCGUCCGCGGACUGCUCGUGCAUCAUUGUUGAGAAGGGGAGUAGCAGCAGCAGCACCAUCAGCGCCAGCGGCGUGGCUGCCGCAGCAGCCGGCUGCGAUGAAGCUGCUGUGGCGGCUGCAGGCAAGCAGGCGGGGCUCAGUGAUAAGGAGCAGCCAUCCAUCCAGCUUAUCAGCCUUGGCAUACACUCUGCUGCAGCUUUGCCAACGAGCACCAGCGCGCAGCAGCAGCAGCAGCAGCAGCAGCAGCAGCAGCAGCAGCAGCAGCAGCAGCAGCAGUCCUCGGCCCCCGCCCUGGCCCUGCCAGCCGCGCACAAGAACGAGGACGCGGUGGGCUGGACGCCCCGCCAGCUGGCGGCCAUCCACCCGCAGAUGGUGGUGGCCGGCCUGAUGCUCGGCGCAUGGCCGCUGUCGCCCAUCAUAUUCGCGCUGGGCCUCCACCCCCAGGUGGCGGCCGGCACCAGCAAGCUGCUGCUGUUCAUGAUCACGGGCGGCGCCGGGCUGUCCUUCAUCGCGUCCGGCAGCAUCAACAUCCACUACAUGCUUGCCUACGGCAUUGCCAACGCGAUCGCCACGCCGGUGGGCGUGUGGGUGAUGGACUGGGUGGUCAAGCGGACUGGGCGGCCCAGCUACAUCACGCUGCUGACCAUUGGCCGGCUGCUGGCCUGCGUUGUCAUCCAGCUUGCGUUCCAGGCCGUGCCGAGCCUCAUUCAGCUGUCGCACGGCCUGCCCCGCUACGGGUUCCUAUCGCACUCGAUUUGCUGA